AUGUUGGAGGACCGAUCUUCUUUCUUUUCCAAGAACUACAGCCACGAAACCAACCCAUGGGCUGCUUAUGGGAUCGAAGGACUCGAAUUCCCGCAAGAAAAACAGCCAUCGGAAAACAACCAUGGUCUAGAACUCACACUAGCAUAUGGUGGUUUUCCGGCGGAUUCACCUCCACAAGAUGCUGCUAAUUCUAAGAAUGUCAGCCAUGAUCAAUCCAUGAAAAACGAUGGUCUAGACCUUCGAUUAGGAAGCUUACUUGAUCACGUAAUCCCACCUCCACAACCGGUUAACCAACAUGAACCCGGUUUAGACACACGCCAUCUGAUCAACGCCAUAGGCCGAGACAACUCCAUCAACUGUCUAAUUCGCUGCCCACGUGCCACUUACAGUUCCAUUGCUUUACUGAACCGAAGCUUUCGUGAACUCAUCAAAAGUGGAGAAAUCUAUAAACUAAGACAUGAUAACAAAGUUAUAGAGUAUUGGGUUUAUUUUUCUUGCCAUUUAGCCAAAUGGGAAGCUUUUGAUCCAUCUAACAAAAUAUGGAUUCAACUCCCCAUAAUGGACGCCGAUCAAUGCUUCCAGUUUUCUGAUAAGGAAUCCAUGGCUGUCGGCACGGAGCUACUAGUUAUAGGAAGAGAUUUAAUGGGUCAAGCGAGUUAUAAGUACAGUUUGUUAACAAAUUCAUGGUCAUUAGGGAAGACGAUGAACAUUCCCAGAUGUUUAUUCGGCUCCGCCAGUCUCGGCCAGGUGGCAAUCUUUGCAGGCGGCGUUAAUCAGAACGGAAUGAUCAUGGACACGGUGGAGCUUUAUGAUAGUAGGUCAGGGAAUUGGGAGAUGCUUCCGAGCAUGAUCAAACCAAGAAAAAUGUGUUCUGGUGUUUAUAUGGAUGGGAAGUUUUAUGUAAUCGGAGGGAUAGGGAAUGAGAUGAAGUCGUUGACAUGUGGUGAAGAGUAUGAUUUGGAUACUAAAAUGUGGACCAUAAUACCCAACAUGUGGCCGGUAGAUGGUCGUGGCGGCAGGAUGGCACCACCACUGCUGGCGGUGGUGGGUAAUGAGUUGUAUGCUGGUGAUGCAGCUUCAAUGGAGGUGAAAAAGUAUGACCAAAAGAUGAAGGAAUGGGCGGUUAUAGGGAGGUUGCCGGAAAGAGCACAGUCGGUGGAUGGGUGGGGGAUGGCGUUUAGAGGCUGUGGGGAGAGGGUGGUUGUUAUUGGUGGUCCUCGGAGAGAUAAUGCAAAUGUGGUGGAGAUAUAUUCAUGGAUGCGUAGCAAAGGGCCGGUGGAGUGGAGCAUGAUUGGUCGGAAAAGGUCUGAUAGUUUUGUUUACAAUUGUGCUGUGAUGGAUUGCUGA